GUGUCAUGGAAAAACUUGGACUUGGUCCAGAGGUCCUUCUACAAGACAAUCCCAGACUCAUAUAUGCUAGACUUACUGGAUUUGGCCAGACAGGAAUAUUUGCCAAGUCUGCAGGUCAUGACAUCAAUUAUUUGGCUUUAUCAGGUGUGCUGUCAAAGCUGGGUAGAAAAGAUGAAAAUCCUUAUGCACCUUUAAAUCUUCUGGCUGAUUUUGCUGGUGGAGGUGUCAUGUGUGCAGUGGGUAUUGUUAUAGCCCUUUAUGAACGUACCAGAUCUGGUAAAGGACAGGUCAUUGAUGCAAGUAUGGUGGAAGGAACAGCCUACUUAAGUUCUUUCCUGUGGAAAUCUGAAAAUUUAGGACUUUGGAGCAGACCUCGAGGAGAGAACAUGCUAGAUAGUGGUGCACCUUUUUAUGAAACCUACAGGACCUCUGAUGGAAAAUUCAUGGCUGUUGGUGCCAUUGAGCCUCAAUUCUAUGACCAGUUCAUGAAAGUGCUGGUCAACAUCGUUGUCAGCGACAUGGACAGUGGCAUUGAGUGUACCCUCAGCAAGUUUUUUGAUGGCACAAAGCAGUGUAGUGUGGUGGACUCACUUGAGGGAAAGGAGGCCAUCCAGAGAGACCUCGACAGGCUUGAGAAAUGGGCCAGCGAAAAGUGCAUGAGGUUCAACAA